CCGCCCUGCCAUUGAACGUCAAUCCUAUCUAUAGUGCUAAGCCACGCAACCAAUCACAAAUUUAUAGAAGUAUUCUGCGUAUUCGCGUUUGUUCUUCAAACUGGCACCAUUCGGAUCAACUACCCCGAUGAAUUACGUUCAGCUUGAAAAACUAGGUGAAGGGACGUAUGCCACAGUCUACAAGGGUCGUUCACGGACUACAAAUGAGAUAGUGGCACUGAAGGAGAUCCAUCUCGACGCCGAGGAGGGAACACCGUCAACUGCUAUUCGGGAGAUAUCUCUCAUGAAGGAGCUCAAACAUGUCAAUAUUGUCCGACUGCACGAUGUUAUUCAUACAGAGACCAAACUGGUCCUCAUAUUCGAAUAUUGUGAGCAAGACCUGAAGAAAUACAUGGAUACACAUGGAGAGCGUGGUGCCCUUGAUCCUGCCACGGUCCGUAGUUUCAUGUAUCAACUCCUGAAAGGGACUGCGUUCUGCCACGAGAAUCGUGUUCUGCACCGCGAUCUCAAGCCGCAGAAUCUCCUGAUUAACCGGAAGGGUGAGUUAAAGAUUGGUGACUUCGGUCUAGCACGAGCGUUCGGUGUACCUGUUAAUACUUUCUCAAACGAGGUCGUGACAUUGUGGUAUCGGGCACCAGACGUUCUUCUCGGUUCAAGAACAUACAAUACGUCAAUUGAUGUUUGGUCCUGUGGAUGCAUAUUUGCUGAAAUGAUCUCCGGGGUUCCGCUUUUCCGUGGAAGAGACAACCAGGACCAACUGUUACACAUCAUGCGUAUUGUCGGCACGCCAGAUGAGAGAACUUUGAGGAAGAUAGCAGCCGACUCUCCUGAAAUAACGCUUAAACAAUACCCGAGAUACCCUAAAAUACCGUUCCAACAAAUAAUACCGAAAGCAUCCCCCCAAGCUUGCGAUCUUCUCGAACGACUACUCCAGUUCGAUCCCGCCAAGCGGCUCACGGCUGCCGAAGCAUUGAGCCACCCUUAUUUCACAAGCACGGCUCCAAACGUUUAUAACGUCGCCAAUCCUGCAGCUACUGGUUCGAUGGCUCCACCAAUGUAUAACUAUCCAUUCCAAGGCCAAGUACAACAACAAGCACCACAGUUUGUGCAACCAAUGCAAACAAUGUACUCUACCCAUGCUGCUGCGCAGGCUCAAGCACAGGUUCAAGCACAGGCACGCGCCCAUGCCCAGGCUCAAGCGCAAGCGCAGGCUCAGGCUCAGCGCCAAAUGAUGGCGUAUGCUCAGAAUCCACAGGCGCCUCAACCCGGGUACGACGGCGUCUCUCAGUAUGCGCCACAAUCGUAUGGACACAGUUAGCGAGGCCGUUUUCUAAAUCCUCUUCUUUACGAAUCUUCUUAUGGAGUGUACUAUGCCAAGUGUAUUAGCAAGUUGAAUGUAACCUCUUCCAAAAUCGAGUUUACACCGCACGAUUCCACAAAUAGCGUUAGUUACUAUCCAUAACUUAGGCGAUUUCUCGAGUAACC